AUGGAGAGAGUGUGCGUGCUGCUGAGCACCCUGGCUGCAUCAGUGCAAACUCACCAACUCAGAGAGGCCACCGUGAACUGGGAUGCUGCCCAGAAAAGUGUGAUCCUGAAGGAGGGGGUGAUGGAGACAGAUGGGGGCGCGUACGGAUACUUCAAUGACACGCUGCUUCUCUCUGGAUGGGGCGUAUUGGAAAUCCGCGCAGGUUAUGGAGGAAUCCCACAGGAAGACGAGACCACCUUCUUCCUGGCUGGUUACCUGGAGGGUUACCUCACUGCUGGACAGAUGUUCACUCAUUACUCCAACAUGUACCCUCAGCUGAUUAAGAAUGAGAGUGUUCUGAAUCCGCUGAAGACGUUUUUGAGCACACAGGACCGGUGGGCCAGGGAGCAGGUGAAACUAAAGAGAAACCGUGACCCCCUGUGGAAGCAUCUGGGACUGAUCCUGGCCCAGCUGGACGGACUCCAUGCCGGAGCUGCACAGUGGGCCAAAGGCAGACACAGAGAGCCUCUGUCAGCGUUUGCGCUCCAGUUCCUGAAUGGUGUCGGUGACCUCCUGGACCUGGUCCCGGCUCUGACAGCUCGCGCCAACUCCUCAGCAGGGGGCGGCACUUUCAGGAUGCCAGGAAUGGGCCACUGCACUGCUCUCAUAAAGGUGCUGCCGGGCUUUGAGAACCUGCUGUUCGGCCACUCUAGCUGGUACACGUACGCAGCCACCACACGCAUCUACAAACACUGGGACUUCAAGGUCAUUGACACACACACUGCCACUGGAAUGAUGUCGUUCAGCAGCUAUCCUGGCUUCCUGAUGUCCCUGGACGACUUCUACCUGCUCGGGAGCGGCCUUCUAAUGACUCAGACAUCCAUCGGCGUGUUCAACGCUUCCCUGUUCUCCCAGAUCGGCCCUCGCAGCCUGCUGGCCUGGCAGAGGGUGCGCCUGGCCAACAGCCUGGCGCACAGCGGAGAGGAGUGGGCGCAGGUUUUCUCCAAACACAACUCAGGUACAUAUAACAGCCAGUACAUGGUGUUGGACCUGAGCAGGGUCACCCUGGGUCACAGCAUCCAGAACGGAGCUCUCGUUGUGGUGGAGCAGAUCCCUGGGAAGGUGAUGCACUCCGAUCAGACUCAAGCUCUACGCAGAGGUUAUUGGCCAUCCUACAACAUACCAUUUCACAUUGAAAUCUACAACCUGAGCGGGUACAGCGCAAUGUGGAAGAGAUACGGAGUUGACUUCUCUUACGACCUCUGUCCCCGAGCCAAAAUCCUCCGCAGGGACCAGGCCAAGGUGUCGAACCUCAAGUCCCUCAAACACAUCAUGAGAUACAACAACUACAAGAGGGACCCCUACUCUAGGGGCCAUCCCUGUAAGACCAUCUGUUGCCGUAACGACCUGAGACCAACAAGGCCACGCCCAGGAGGUUGCUAUGACACAAAGGUGACAGACUACCAGAUGGCUCUGCAGCUGGUCGCGGAGGCAAUAAACGGCCCCACGACACAGGGGGGUCUGCAGCCAUUCUCGUGGAAGUCCUUCAACCUCACGAGUCAUCAGGGUCUCCCGCACACCUACAAUUUCCCCUUCGUCGUCAUGACGCCCUCACUGCACCGGCCCUGA